AGUUGACUUCAGAUUCUCCCCUUUCUCUGAUCUCCGUUUCAGUUUUCCAUGCCAAAGAAACAAACUCCCAAUUUAAUGCAUUUCCAUCACGGCCUGCUAAAACACAGCAUCUACUCAUAUAAUAUUAUUUAACUCCUUUCCCUCUAUAAAAUUUAACUUCUGUAUCAUGUUAAUAUCACUCAAAAUGAACUCCCCUGUUUUUGCAAUGGGGGUCUCUGUUUUCCUCUGUUUCAUCUUCUGUUUUAGCUGUGUCCGGGUUUUGGCUCAGACAUCCCCUGUUUUUGCUUGCGAUGUUCGGAGCAACCCGAAUUUGGGAAGUUUCGGAUUCUGUAACACCACGCUGGGGAUCAAGUACAGGGUCGUUGACUUGGUUAAGAGGCUAACAUUGCAGGAGAAAAUUGGGUUUCUGGUGAAUGCUGCCGGGAGUGUUAACAGGCUCGGGAUUCCCAAGUAUGAGUGGUGGUCGGAGGCUUUACAUGGCGUGUCUUACCAUGGUCACGGUACUCAUUUCUCCAGUGUGGUCCCCGGUGCCACCAGCUUUCCUCAGGUCAUCUUGACGGCGGCUUCCUUCAACGCUUCUCUCUUUGAAGCAAUUGGAAGGGUGGUAUCAACGGAAGCGAGAGCAAUGUACAAUGUCGGAUUAGCAGGAUUGACAUAUUGGUCUCCGAAUAUCAACAUAUUCCGUGAUCCCAGAUGGGGGAGAGGCCAGGAGACCCCCGGGGAGGACCCUUUGUUGUCCAGCAAAUAUGGAGCUGGAUAUGUCAAAGGCCUGCAGCAGAGUGAUGUUGGUAAUCCUAAUUGGCUUAAGGUUGCUGCAUGUUGCAAGCACUAUACUGCCUAUGAUCUAGAAAACUGGAAAGGGACGGAUAGGUACCACUUCAAUGCCGUGGUGACAAAGCAAGAUUUGGAUGAUACAUUUCAACCACCAUUCAAAAGCUGUGUUCUUGAUGGUAAUGUGGCAAGUGUGAUGUGUUCAUACAACCAGGUUAAUGGCAAGCCAACUUGUGCUGAUCCGGAUCUCCUAGCUGGUGUCAUCCGGGGUGAAUGGAAAUUAAAUGGGUACAUAGUUUCAGAUUGUGACUCUGUAGAGAAACUCUACAAUUCACAACAUUACACAAAGACACCAGAAGAGGCUGUAGCUAAAAGUAUUUUGGCAGGGCUAGAUUUGAAUUGUGGAUCGUUCCUUGGCCAAUACACUGAGGCUGCAGUGAAAGGAGGAUUGUUAGUUGAAUCAGACAUUGAUAAGGCAAUUUCUAACAAUUUUGCCACAUUGAUGCGGUUGGGUUUUUUUGAUGGUAACCCCAGCAAAGGGCCUUAUGGAAAGCUUGGUCCAAAAGAUGUGUGCACUCAAGAGAACCAAGAGCUGGCUCGAGAAGCAGCAAGGCAAGGGAUAGUAUUGCUCAAGAACAUAAAAGGAUCAUUGCCUCUGUCCCCAACUACCAUCAAAACGCUGGCAGUCAUUGGACCAAAUGCUAAUGUCACUAAAACCAUGAUUGGAAACUAUGAAGGCAUGCCGUGCAAAUAUACAACUCCUUUGCAAGGCUUAACAGCUUCCGUUGCAACAACAUAUCAGCUUGGCUGCUCAAAUGUGGCCUGCAAUAGUGCAGAUAUAGAUAAUGCAAAGAAAAUUGCUGCCUCAGCUGAUGCCACUGUGCUCGUAAUGGGUGUAGAUCAAUCCAUUGAGAAGGAGACUCUUGACCGGGUUGAUCUUUUAUUACCAGGACAACAACCAGUUCUAAUAACAGAAGUUGCAAAAGUCGCUAAGGGACCAGUGAUUCUAGUUAUAAUGUCUGGAGGAGGUUUUGACAUAACAUUCGCGAAGAAUGAUAGUAAAGUCACAAGCAUACUUUGGGUUGGUUACCCUGGCGAAGCUGGAGGAGCUGCAAUUGCUGAUGUUAUUUUUGGCUAUUAUAAUCCAAGUGGAAGAUUGCCAAUGACAUGGUAUCCACAAUCAUAUGUUGACAAAGUUCCAAUGACAAACAUGAAAAUGAGACCAGAUCCUGCUAAUGGCUAUCCUGGUAGGACUUACAGAUUUUAUACCGGCGAUACUGUCUAUUCGUUUGGAGAUGGAUUAAGCUAUUCCACAUUCAAUCACCAAUUAGUUAAGGCACCGAAAUUGGUAUCGUUCCCCCUGGAGGAAGAUCAUGUUUGCCGCUCAUCAGAUUGCAAAUCGGUUGACGCCUUUGAACAGCAUUGUCAAAAUUCAAUUUUCGAUAUACACAUGAAAGUUCAAAACACAGGAUUAAUAAGCGGAAGCCAUACAGUUUUCUUGUUCUCUAGUCCCCCAUCCGUGCACAACUCUCCUCAGAAGCACUUGAUAAGUUUUGAGAAAGUUUUCUUGAAAGGAAAAGGGGAAGCGAUCGUGAGAUUCAAGGUGGAUGCUUGCAAGGACUUGAGCGUGACUGAUGAGGUUGGAAGCAGAAAAGUUGCACUGGGAGAACAUGUGCUUCAUGUGGGUACCUUGAAGCAUUCAUUGACCAUAAGGAUUUAAGACUUCGAAGAAUUUUUAGGUCCCUUCCUUUGUCAUUUUCUUUUUGUUUGAUUUUCCUCGUUUUGCCUACACAAAAGAAUACAAUUGAUAAAAGUAGGGCUAUAGAAUAAGUUGAGAGACUCAUAAAGAUUUCUCAAUUUUAUAGCAUAGCCAAAUCAUUUAAAAUUGAAAAUUUUAAAUUCAAUUUCAGGUAACUUGUCAUUUGAGAGUUACCUGUCAUGACAUACUAUUUCUUUUUGGGUUAAAUCCAACUAUGGUCCUUCGACUUUGUGCU